AUGGCCCUGCCCCUUUUCCCGCAGCACGUGGUGGAGUGGGUGCGGCUAGACUUUGAUGUGCCGGUCCUCAUAAAGUUUGGGGUGUACGCCCCACGAGUGCACCCGAGUUACGAAGGCCGGGUGUCUCUGACGCAGGACGCCGCCCUGGUGGUGGAGGGGGUGCAGCUGGAGGACGAGGGCUGGUUCGAGUGCCGCGUCCUGCACCUGAACAGAACCCUGGGGGAGUCUCGCAACGGCACCUGGACGUACCUGUCUGUCUCAGCUCCGCCUGUGUUCACCAAAACCCCGCCUUCUAUCCUCGAAGCCCUGCAAGGCGAUUCGCUGGCUCUUAAAUGCAGUGCCCAUGGCAACCCUCCACCAACCAUAACCUGGAGAAAAGAUGACGCGGCAGUUGAGCAACAGGUGCUCAACGGAACUUUGACUUUAAUGUCAGUUACCAGGGAGAUGUCGGGCAGGUACCGAUGUCUUGUGUCCAAUUCAGAGGGGAACCUGACUCAUGUGACACAGCUGAGGGUCAGAGGUCCUCCAGCCAUCCUCAUUCCUCCAAAAGACACCUCCCUCAACAUGUCCCAGGAUGCACUGCUGCGUUGUCAGGCAGAAGCCUAUCCCCCCAACAUGACGUACAUGUGGAUGAAGCAGGGCAAGAACGUCUACCACACAGAUUCUCUGAAGUCCCGUGUGAAGAUUCUAGUGGACGGCACUCUGCUUAUCCCCAGCCUCGUCCCAGAGGAUUCUGGGAACUACACCUGCAUGCCCUCCAAUGGCUUGCUGACUCCACCCACAGCUUCUGCCUACCUUGCUGUGAAACACCCCGCCCAGGUGGUGCAGAUGCCCCCUGUUACCUACCUCCCAGCAGGUAUGGGGGGUGUGAUCACCUGCCCUGUGAGAGCCGAACCCCCCCUGCUCUCUGUCAGCUGGACCAAAGACGGACGCGCCUUAAACCUGGACAAGUUCCCUGGCUGGAUGCUGACCUCAGAGGGCUCCAUUUUCAUCGCGGCGGCCAAUGAGGAUGCAGAGGGGGUGUACACCUGCACGGCCUACAACAGCUACGGCAGCAUGGGCCCCUCGCAGCCCACGCAGGUGCUACUACAGAACCCCCCCUCGUUCAGCGUGACCCCCCGCGAGGAGUACCGCCAGGAGGCGGGGGCGGAGCUCGUCAUCCCCUGCAGUUCCCAGGACAACCCCUCCCCCAACAUCACCUGGAGCAAGGUUGGCCUUGCCCCCCGCUCCCCAUACAUUGUGUGGACCAAUGGCUCACUGGUUUUGCAGCCUCUCAGUAAGGACCACCAGGGGGCAUGGGAGUGCCGUGCCACCAACCGCGUGGCCUCUGUCAGUGCCAGGACCCAGGUCUCAGUGCUGGGCACCACCCCCCACGCCGUGUCCUCAGUGACUGUCACUCCGGGGACGGAUCAGGCCAACGUGUCCUGGGUACCCGGCUUUGACGGGGGGCACGAGCAGAGAUUCACCAUCUGGCUGAAGCAGAUAUCCAGUCAGAAGCAGGAAUGGAUGUCAGUCACUGUCCCUCCCCCCAGCUCGCACCUGCUGGUCACUGGGCUGCUGCCGGACACUGGGUACCAGUUCAGCGUCCUGCCCCAGAACCAAGUGGGCACCGGGCCCUUCAGCGAGGUCGUCACCAUCCGAACCCUGGAUCCACCCCCAGCUGUUACUGAAGUUCCCACGCUGGCACCGCCCACAUCGCUGUCAGCCAAUCUCAGCACAAUGGGCAUUGUCCUGCAAUGGGAGCUGCCCCUGCCUCAGGCUCCGCCCAUCACUGGCUUUAUCCUCCAAUCAAGACGUGAAGGGGAGGAGGAGUGGUACAUUCUUGAUGGGGAGAUCAGGGCCAAUGAAAGUGAGAUUCUGCUGCAAGGACUACUGAAGGACAGCACCUAUGAGCUGCGCUUGCUGUCACACAGAGAUGGGCUUCUGAGUGAGCCCAGCCAGUCGGUCAACGUCUCCACCACCGGGAUGGAGGUGUUCCUGACCAGGCCCCGCCUUCUGGAGAGCGCUCCUGAGUCUCACACAGCCGGAAUUCUGGGCGGAGUCGGCUUCCUGUGCGCGGCUGUCGUCCUGCUGCUGGGGCUGGCUUGCCUCGUGAGUCGAAGGAGAAGCAGGAAGCGCAGGAAGAUGAGGAACGAUAUCCCCGAUGCCCCACAGAAAUGCUCCUCUGCCCAAGCUGGCUCUAAGGCUGACAGCCCUGACAGUGUGUUGAAGAUGAAGGCCUGCCUGCUCCACUCCAUCUUCCCCAAAUCCUGGUCCUUCCAGUCUGACCUCUCCUCUGUGGGCCAGGCCAGCUGUGGGGAGGCCCAGGACCAGCACACACAGCUCCUGCCCGGUGCCUCCCGCCACGCCCAGCACCGCCUGGAGUCCAUCUCCAGGGGACCAGAUGGCCGCUUCGUCGUCCAGCCCUACGAGGACUGCUCCGCCCCUGCCCACAUUAAACACUACCCACAAUGCACUGAGGAUGGCAGCAGCCGCACAUCCUGCACGAUCUCUAUGGAGACAGACUCCCUGUAUUCCGAGGCAGAGGAGAAGAAGGACCUGGCUCUGGUGCUGGCCGUGGACCUCCCCAACCUCAGUAAGGGGCCCUACUCUGACGCAGACUUCCGCUCGGACAGGAGUGACUCCAUUAGGGACUGCCACCGCCAGGCGGCCAGUCAACUGGGGGGCACCUUCCCGCACCAGGGCGGGACAGAGGGACGCUCCGCCUACCUGCCUCUGGAGAAGGUGACUCUGAGGUCGGACGGGAGCGCCCUGGUGUCGCAGAUGGAGCACGAGAGAGAGACGGGUCACCUGAGCAGGUGUCUGAAGCUGGCGCAGGAGAGGGAGGCUCUGGAGAGGGAGCUGGAGAAGUACGAGGCCAGGCUGAGCUCGAGGGCGUGGCGGAGAGAAACAGCAGGAACAGAGGGGGGGCAGGCCAUGGAGGCGGAGGGCGAAGGGCCGGGACGGGACGUCACCCCACAAGAGAAUGACCCUCAGGUCGGGGCGAGGGCCUCACUGCUCCCCGACCAGAAAAGGGACUGUGAUUUGGGGGACGGAAUGGGACCAGUGGUGUUCCCCUCUUCCUGCACCCUAAGGGCUGGUAGCCCCAUCUCCACUGUUGCCAGCCUGGUGCUAGUGCCCAGGCUCUCAGAGAAGGCCUCAGUGACCCAACAGCAGCCCUGGCUGCAGGCACCCAGAGAGGAGCACUCAUGGGUCGGGAUCUGCUCCCUCUCUGAUGUCCCCCAGUAUGCCUCCAAACCACCCCAACGCUGCCUCCCAGAGGAAGAGAAAGGGAAGGAUGAAGACUGGGAUGAGGAGCAUAGGGAGAACUCUGCGGGAUCUACCUGGCCCUACAGGAAAGCCAGGGGCAGGUGUGAAGGCAAGAUCAAAGAGACUGAGAGCGUGGAAGUGCCCCCAGGUGGCAAGAGCACCCCACAGUUCCCAGAGAUUGAAAAAGGGGCCGUGCAGGCUCGUUUCUGGAAGAGUGACAAGUGCCUUUCCAGCAAUACGUCCUCAUCCACCAUGGACAAACCCCCGAGCAGCAGGCUGAGCAGAGCCGGGCCGGCUGUGGAACAGUCCAACCGGACCCUGAAGAAGUCUGCCAGCCUGGGGCCACACGGCUGGGAGCACUAUGCCAGCAACAGGAACCCGGUCUCUGAAAACAGCAACAGAGGAGAGUUCCCGAACCCUUACUUUCGGGGUGGCUCGUACAGUCUGGGCCGGAGCCAGGCAUCUCGGUUCUCCUCUGGACAGGAUCCUUUGGGAGACACCUGUACAGGAUGGGGCCAAUGCCCCACAUGGAUCCGCUGUGUCCGAGUGUCCCUCCAGACCUGCAAGCUCCGAAAAUGA